AGAAUCCAACAUGGAGUAACAGGAGAUGGGGCUCGUACGGGGCCACCCUCAGCAACAUCCGCGCACACUCUAAACCACGGGAUUUCGGCAGUCAAGUUUAUCCUUGCACGGCACGUAAGAACAACUAAACCAGAGGGCUCCUACCCAGGGGAUUUACACUUUCGAUGGAUACACUCCUCUAAUUAAUUAUAAAAAAAGAACAAAAAGCGGCAAGACGAAGCAGGGAGAGAGAACAAAGGCAAACAUCGAAAAAAAAAACUAUUGGAAAAACGGUGCUACAGUAUGUGAAAGACCAGAGGCUGCGACAAAAAUGAAGAGUGCAGAAUGUAUACCCGCCGUGGGAAUUCAUCGUAGGUGAAACGAAAAAAAUGACCGAAGAAACACACCCAGACGAUGACAGCUACAUUGUGCGCGUCAAAGCGGUGGUCAUGACCCGAGAUGACUCGAGCGGGGGCUGGCUGGCCCAGGAGGGCGGGGGGCUGAGCAGGGUGGGCGUCUGCAAGGUGCUGCCCAACGAGCUGAUGGGGCGAAGCGACUUCCUCAUCCACGGGGAGAGGCUGAAAGACAAACAGGUGAUUCUGGAAUGUUACCUGAAGAAAGACCUCAUCUACACCAAGGCCACGCCCACAUUUCACCACUGGAAGGUCGACAACAAGAAGUGCGGCCUGACGUUCCAGAGCCCGGCUGACGCCCGCGCCUUUGACAGGGGCGUGAGGAAAGCCAUCGAGGACCUGACAGAAGGAUCCACGACUUCCUCUUCCACAAUCCAGAACGAAGCUGAGCUGGGUGACGAUGACGUCUUCACAAAUGCCACCGACAGCUCGUCCAACUCCUCCCAGAGGAAGGAGCACUCUAUGCAGCCGCUGGCCUCCCCCAGCCUUUGUGAGCCACGCAGGCACCACUGCAUCCUGGGCCACCUCCACGACCAGUACCGGUCCUCGGAUCACUACUUCCUGGAACAGCCGGUGCCCAAGUUCCCCCGUCACGUCAGCUUCCAGGACGAGGAGGAGGAGAUCGUGCGCAUCAACCCGCGGGAGCGGACCUGGCUGACGGGCUACGAGGACUACCGCCAUGCCGCCGCCCGCGACAAGUUCAUCCGGCCCGAGGACGCGGACUCCUACGUGCACUUCGCCAAGAGCGAGCCCCCCAAGCACGACUACAGCUACCCCUACGUGCCCAACUCGGACUUCGGCCACAGGGACCUGAAGGCGGGGGUCGGGGGCCCGGGCGGGGGCGUGGUCAGCACCCAGCCCCGCGCCCUCCAGCCCAAGUGGAAGCGGCGGAAGGAGGACGGCGAGCGCUCGCGCUGCGUCUACUGCCGGGACAUGUUCAACCACGAGGAGAACCGGCGCGGCCAGUGCCAGGACGCGCCCGACCCCAUCCGGACCUGCAUCCACCGGGUCAGCUUCAUGUGGUGCGCGGACAGCCUGCUGUACCACUGCAUGUCGGACCCCGAGGGGGACUACUCGGACCCCUGCUCGUGCGACACCAGCGACGAGCGAUUCUGCCUGCGCUGGCUGGCGCUGGUCAGCCUGUCGGUGCUCGCCCCCUGCAUGUGCUGCUACGCCCCGCUCCGCGCCUGCUACCGCUGCGGGGUGGCCUGCCGCUGCUGCGGGGGCAAGCACAAGGCCGUGGGCUGAGGUCGGGGAACGGGGGACGGGGAACGGGGGACGGGGACGAGGAGGGGGCGGGCCCUUUGCUUUCCUUUCCUUUUGUUUUGUCUCUUCAAAUUCCAGAUUGGGGGGUGGGGGGGACUAUACAAGCUGUUCAGUGGCUUGACUUUGUACUUUUUUUUUCCCCUCUGUUCAGAUGUUUCUCUCAGUUCCUAGUGGAAGAAACCUCCCUCUCCCUCCCCCCA